CGUAAUAAACUAGUAAUUAUGAUAUUUUUCAAACCACAGUUGCAAACUGAUUUUCCAUCAGUUUAUCUCUAAGUGGUGUAAAUGUGCGAAUGUUUAAAAAUUAAAACGCGUUAAUUAAAAGUUGGAAUCAGUCGUUUACGUGUAAAAUUCUACAUUUUGCGAAGUGAUAAGCGGAAGCCUAAGAUGGAUCGCCAACGCAUGCUAGAUUUCGAUGAUAUGCUUGAAGAACUAGGGGAAUUGGGAAAAUUCCAAAUAUACACCUACAUUCUGGUAUGCCUCCCGGUUCUCUUCGCUGCUGCUAACAGUCUGAGCUAUGUAUUUACAGCUGGGGUCCCUGACUACAGAUGUUUCAUUCCUGAAUGUGAAGAUCCGCUCGACACGUCAUACGACACGCCAUGGUUGAAAUGGGCAAUACCUGCCGAAAAAAAUUCGGACCAAGUCAUUGGCGUUAAAGCUGACACUUGCGACAGAUUUUCUUUAAAUCAGUCAGCCAUAAAUACCACUUGUUCGCCGGAGAUGUUCACAAAAACCAUAGAGAAAUGUUCAGAGUGGAUAUUUGACAAUAACGAGAGAACGAUCGUGAACGAUUGGAAUAUAACCUGUGUGGAAAACCAGUGGAAACUUUCUCUAGUUGGUACUUCCCAUUUUGCUGGAAUUAUUGUUGGAUCUUGUGUAUUUGGUAUACUAGCUGAUUGGUACGGCAGGAAGAGUAUUUUUGUUAUUUGCACAUUGCUGAUGAGCAUUUCGGGAGCUGUGCAAGUAGUGUCUCCUGAAUACAUCACUUUUGUUUCUUUAAUAUUUAUUAAUGCCUUAGGAACCGCAGGAGUAUAUCCAUUAGCUUUUAUAAUAGGCGUUGAAAUGGUUGGCAAGAGAAAAAGAGAAGUGACAGGCAUCGUACUUAAUUAUUUUUACGCUUUAGGGGAAGCCAUCGUAUCUCCUAUAGCUUGGUACACAAAAGACUGGGUGCACUUGCAACUAAUUGUAUCAGUACCGGCAGUAUUAUUCGCAGGAUAUUAUUGGAUAGUUCCUGAAUCUGUAAGAUGGCUUCUAGCCAAUGAAAAAAAUGAUAAGGCCAAAAAAAUUGUCUUUAAAGUUGCCAAAUUUAACAAUGUCGUCCUAUCGGACAACCUCGUUGAUUCUUUCAAAGAAGAAGCGCCUUUAACGGUUAAAGGAGAACCUGAUCUCAAAGAAAAAGACAAAAUUCUUCCAGUAAUAAAGCGAAUGUUAACCUCAAGAAAGCUAAUACUAAGAUUCCUCAUAAUGUACUUCAUUUGGGCCGUUAAUGCAUUUAUCUACUACGGACUUUCGAUUAAUUCUACAAGUCUAGGUGGAAAUAAGUACCUAAACUUUGCACUGGUCAGUCUCAUAGAAAUUCCUGGCUACACAGCAGCUUGGGUUUGCAUCCAAAAACUAGGCAGGAGGAUAUCUCUUGUUGGAUCUCUUCUAAUUUGCGGAGUAACAUGUACUUUAACGAUUUUCAUAGCAAACUCCUCGAGCGGCAGCUGGGCUGUUAUCACCCUGUUCCUGCUAGGAAAAUUAGGUGUAACCUCCUCUUUUGGGGUAGUUUAUGUAUACACCGCGGAACUUCUGCCCACGGUAAUCAGAAGCGGGGGAGUUGGAACAGCUUCCACGGUGGCCAGACUUGGAGCCCUUUUGGCGCCCUUCGUUCCUUUACUGGGACUUCACUAUGCUCCUCUACCAAUGCUUCUUUUUGGGGGAGUAGCCAUAUUGGCUGGAUUACUGGCCUUGUACUUACCUGAAACUUUUGGCAUCAAGCUACCUGAAACUGCAGAAGAAGCUGAGCAAAUUUAAAUUUUGGAACUACCUUGAUUACUUACCUACCUGUUUUAUAUUUUAGCUGAGAAAGACAUAUAAAACUUUAUUUUUUAUAUUUAUUUUAAGGAUGCUUUGUAGAAAAGAUUAUAUCAAAUAAAACCUAUUUUUGUUAA